UCACUUUACUUUCUAAUCUUCAUGUCAGGGGGCUCGGACCACACAGCUGCGAGAGACUACUGACACCCUCAACAGUAAACAGUUUGUCCUGGUCUCAAAGGUGAAGCUUGUGUUUGGAGAGAGGCGACAGUGUAGCGCUGAACAUAGUGUUUCCAGCUGCGAGAGCAGACGAGCUGUGAGUCCAUUUCCAUAACUGUUGGAGAAGUGCGGAGCCAUGAUUUGACUCAACUUCCUGAGGAGUUGAAAGGCGAUUUGCACAUACUGCUUGCCAUGUGGGUUUAUGCAGACCAUCGACUGGAAGUUAACACUGAAGUUGAUCACAGGGAAAGCGCUGAAAGUGCUAUCCGUUGGAAUCACGGCAUUUCUGCUGAAAUCUGUUCCCACUCGCGACAAGCGGCGUUAAGUAGCUUCUUCCUGACACAUCGACGUUGCACUAGUGGGAGUCGAGCCCGAAGAUGAAGGCACCUCAGGCUACAGCUACUUUCAUAUCAACUUUUCUGCUGGCAGCUCAGGAAAAGGCUCACAGAGUCAAGAUGAUAUGCAUGUCAUCCACAACAAUCAACUGGACCUGCGGGAGAUAGUGUUUGUCAUCCAGAGUCAAAGCAACUCCUUCCAUGUGAGGCAGGCAGAGAGACGGAAAGCAGACCUACUGAAGCAAGCGCACGGUCUCACAGAGAAACCACCGGUGGUUUUGCUUCUUCACAGUUUAUCAGAUAAUGAGGGAGACUGGAGUAUCCUUCCUCUGCUGCCUUACUUAUCUUCCUCCUUUGGGAAAAACUCAUCCUGGAUUGUAUUUCUUGAGGAAGAAACAAAUGUGAAGAUGACUAAACUGGUUCAAGUCCUCGCAAAAUUUGACAAGAAUAAAGAGUGGUUUCUUGGUAAGCCCCUCCAGGACGAGGAGUCGACCAUCAUCCAUCACUACGCGUUUGCAGAGAAUCCCUCCAUCUUUAAAUAUCCAGAUUUUGCCGCUGCCUGGGCCUUAAGCACCCCCCUUGUUGUUCGGCUUGCAAACAAAGUGAAAGAUGAGCCACUUAAAUCUGACUUCACCAUUGAUCUGAAACAUGAGGUUGCCUUGUAUAUCUGGGACAACGGGAAGGGUCCACAUCUCACUGCUGUUCCUGAGCUGUGCACUGAGCCGGAGGACUCUCCUCAGACCCACCACUGUGCCACCACUCUGAGCGUCGAGCCACCUCUGUGUGGGGAGCCUGUAAACAAAGAAGAUAUAUUUGUUGCUGUGAAAACGUGUAAGAAGUUUCACAGUGAAAGAGUUCCAGUGAUAAAGAAGACGUGGGAAAAGGAUGCCUUCUUUUUAGAGUACUACAGUGACUAUGCUGAUACUUCAAUACCAACAAUUAAUUUAGGAGUUCCAAAUACUGAAAGAGGCCACUGCGGGAAAACAUUUGCAAUCCUUCAAAGAUUUCUAAGCAGCUCUGUCCCAAACACCAAGUGGCUCCUCGUUGUGGAUGACGACACACUUAUCAGCCUCUCUAGACUGCAAGUCUUGCUGAGCUGUUACAACCCCUCAGAACCAGUGUGUCUCGGGGAGAGGUACGGCUACGGCCUGAGCCAAGGCGGCUACAGCUACAUCACGGGAGGUGGAGGUAUGGUGUUCAGCAGAGAGGCUGUGGUCCGGCUUCUUAACAGUGGCUGUAAGUGCUACAGCAAUGACGCGCCAGAUGACAUGGUGCUGGGAAUGUGUCUCAAUGCCCUUGGACUUCCUGUCACACACAGUCCUCUCUUCCACCAGGCGCGCCCAGAGGACUAUGCCAGAGACUUCUUAGCUCACCAGGUGCCCAUCUCUUUCCAUAAACACUGGAACAUCGACCCCAUUGAAGUUUUCAACAAAUGGCUUAAGGAGGACUUGAGGGCUAAAGCUUCAGAUGGACUUAAUAAGAGUGCUAAGACGGAGUUAUAAUCAUUUUAAGCACAAAACUAGCCUGUACGAGUAUGUAUGUAUAUACUGUGUGCGUGUGUGUGUGUGUGUGUGUGUGUGUGUGUCAUGGAACUGACAUAUUGUCCUUCACAGAUGUAAAUGUUUUUGUAUUGUUGAUGUUGAACUGUUAAGAGGGACCAUGCGAGCGUGUGUCCAUGACUUUAUCUGUAAGCGUCUUCAUGACUGAGUUGCAUGUUGAGGUUACUGUUAUUUUGGAAAUAUGUGUAUAUUUAUAUCAUAUGAAUAAUCUGAACCUUACAGAGGAGCCUCUUCUCUGGGAGAUACUGUACCUUUCAAAAAGUAUCACUAAUGCUGUACAAUGUGCUCUAUUUUGACAUAAAAGUAUAAAUAUUUGA